CAAUCAGCUGACAGCUGAUAAAAAUUUCACACGCUGGCUUUUUACUGCGGGCAAAUUGUACGGAAAAUCGAGAGGAAAUCGCCGGACUAGGAAAUGGCACCGCCAGCGGCACGGGCACGUUAUAAUGCCAACAAGGCUGACAACCAGAUAUUGACCAAGAAGCCACCAAAACGUCUAAAUGACAAGAAAGACACCACCGGUGACAUUCCAGCCGGCACCGGCAGUAAGAAGAAGGAAAAGCGUAAGCAAUCAGCGAUCGCUGCCAACUCAGCGGACAAGACGCAGUCCAAUCCGAACCCAAUAAUGCCAAGUGUUCACACCGCCUUCAAAACAUUUGUUAGUGCCCGUCUUUGCAGCGCCAUUUGGGCGUACAUUGCUGACUGUGAUGAGACCUUCAAUUACUGGGAACCGCUGCACUACAUCAUCAACGGACAUGGUCUGCAGACCUGGGAGUACAGUCCACAAUUUGGUUUACGCUCCUACACAUAUCUGCUGCUCCAAGGCGUGCCUGGUUGGAUCUAUCAAAAGAUAUUCAAUCCGAGUCCGAUCCUCAUCUUUUAUAUGAUACGCUGUAUGCUGGGCUUUGGCUGUGCUGUCAUGGAACGGUUCAUGUACAAAUCCAUAUGCCAGGAGUUUGGCAUACACGUUGGACGCCUGUGGCUGAUAUUCCAGCUAUUUAGUGUGGGCAUGUUUGUAUCCAGCACGGCUUUGUUGCCGUCCUCGUUCUCAAUGUACUUUGGCUGUUCAGCAUUGGCCGCCUGGUGGCAGAAGCGUUACAGUCUCGCAAUCUUCUUUACGGCCAUCUCGGCGCUCCUUGGCUGGCCAUUUGCAGCGCUCAUUGGAGUGCCGCUGGUGCUGGAACUCUUGCUACGGCAACGCGACUGGCGCACGUUUGUACAAUGGACGCUGAUCUCUGGUGCGACAAUUGCAUUGCCCAUGAUUGCCAUCGACACCAGCUACUUUGGCAAACUGACCUUUGCGCCGCUUAACAUUGUCUGGUACAAUGUAUUCACCAGCCACGGACCCAAUAUCUUUGGCACAGAGCCACUCACCUACUACCUCAUCAAUGGUUUCCUAAAUUUCAACAUCAUUUGGUUAUUGGCUCUGCAGCUGCCCAUCAUGCUGGUCAUGGACUAUUUGAUUGUGCCCGCCAAGUUCAAGUCGACGCUUAACUUUCCGCGUUUUAUAUCGCUGGCUCCGCUGUAUCUUUGGCUGUUGGUCUUCUUUGCGCAGCCGCAUAAGGAGGAACGUUUUCUGUUUCCUGUGUAUCCAUUGAUUUCCCUGUGCGGUGCAAUCACUGUGGAUGUCUAUCAGCGCAUCUUCUUCCGCUUCAAGUCGCUCAUCUUUAAGAUUAAGUCGGGCAUUCACUAUUUGGAUCACAGCAUGUUUAUCGCCAUUAUUGUGAUGGUGGCCAGCACUUUGCUGGGCCUUUCACGUGUCUUUGCCCUGUAUCGCAAUUAUCAUGCGCCCAUGGAUCUGAUGCUGGAGCUUAAUCAGUUCAAGACUACGCCUCAAUAUCGCGCUGAUGAAAUUUAUAAUGUGUGCAUUGGCAAGGAUUGGCAUCGUUAUCCAGGUAGUUUCUUCUUUCCGGCACGCAAUUUCCGUUUGCGUUUCCUCAAAUCCGAGUUCCGUGGCAUGCUGCCCGCUUAUUACGCGGCUGGAAUCAAUGCCACGCAAGUGGUGCAUCCCUAUUUUAAUGAUCAGAAUCUGGAGAACGAGCAUAUGUACUUUGAUUACGAUCAAUGCCAUUUUCUAAUCGACUUUGAUGAGGGCAAAUAUACAGAACUAGAGCCGAGUUACUCAAGACGUACCAAAGACUGGUCCAUUAUGAAGACAUUGCCAUUCCUCAUACAGGAGAAGUCGCACAAGGUACUACGCGCCUUCUACGUGCCAUUCCUUACCGACAAUCACAUAAAAUACGGAGAUUUCAAUUUACUUAAGCGCAAAAAGACCCGGAACGGCAGCUAGAAAAGACAGCAAUAAUUUAACUAAUCCCGUGUGGAUUUCCAUGCAGCAAUCAUAAUCUGUCGAAAUUGUAAUUAUUAUUUAUUUAUGUUUAAUUGAUGUUUGCCUAUGUUCCUUUUCCAAAUGUGUAUUUGAUGCAAGCGAAAAGUUUCUGUAAAUUGACCUGAUUUUAGUUUGUAAGUCAUCAUCAACGAAUUAAUUUACCAAUUUCUUUUGCAUUACGUUUUUCUUAAUAUCAUGCCAAAGCUGUAAAGAUUAUGCUGAAACGAACUAGACUUUAAGCAAUUACAAAAUAUAAAAAUAAAACAAAGGAGAUUCUUAAAA